AUGAGAAAGUUAUGCCGGCUAAGGAUAUUGAUAUCGCCGCUGGUACUAGCGCAGCUAUUAUUGUUAUUAAAUUCUAUUGCUACUAUUAAAGCAUGGAAUGAACGGAAUUAUAAUCGGUCAGUACAAAUUACCAUUUAUCCAACCGAGGAAAAUAUCUAUGAAGGACGUGAUGCUACAUUUAACUGCCGUGCACGUGCUUCUGACGGAGUUACGUACCCGGAAGUACGAUGGACUCGUUACGAUGCACCAAUGCCUUCUUCAGCGUACGAAAUAGACGGACGAUUAAAAUUUUCAUCAGCGACAUCGUCUGAUAGUGGACGAUAUGUUUGUUCAGCAACUUUUGGCGGACGAAAUUAUGAUGCGUCUGCCCAACUGAAUGUGCAACCUUAUGGACCUCAAGAGUUCCAAAGUAUUCUACCGCAAACCGGCGUGUGCCGUGUUGAUGAACGAGCUUGCGGUAACAACGAAUGUGUAAAAAGUGAUUAUAUUUGUGACGGUGAACCGGACUGCCGAGAUCGUAGUGAUGAACAGAAUUGUCCGUCAUUACGUUCAUGUGAACCGAAUGAAUAUAAAUGCAAUAAUGGUCGAUGUGUGCAAAAAAUGUGGCUGUGUGAUGGUGACGAUGAUUGCGGUGAUAAUUCAGAUGAACAAGCCUGUAGCCAUCGAGCUCCGUCUGACGGUUGCGCUACGAGUGAAUUCAAAUGUCGCGACGGUCGACAGUGCGUUCCGCUUAGUUUCCAUUGUGAUGGUACCAAUGAUUGUCAGGAUGGAUCUGAUGAGAUUGGAUGCGUACAACCAACAAUUGUACAACCACCGGAAACGAAUAAACAGGUGAAUGCCGGUGGUACUUUCCAGUUGACAUGCAAAGCGGUAGCUGUACCUGAACCAUACAUCAACUGGCGUCUCAACUGGGGUCCCGUUUGUAAUCCACCAAGGUGUACACAGCACUCUGAGGGUGGCCUCGGUACACUUACUGUGAGUAAUGCGCAGCCACUUGAUCAAGGUGCCUACACAUGCGAAGCAAUUAAUGUUAAGGGUCGAGUAUUAGCCACACCGGAUUGUAUCGUUCGCAUCGUUAAUAUUCCGGCUCCUGAAACACAAAAAAAAGCACAGUGCGAUUUAGUCGGUUCUGUAAGUCCAAUUCCGGAUUAUACAGGCCAAUGUCAGUGUAAGCCAUUGGUCGAGGGCUUAAAAUGUGAUUCAUGUAGCCGUGGUGCAUAUCAUUUGCAUGAGAAAGCUCAACAGGGUUGCUUAAAAUGUUUCUGCUUUGGUGUUACCGAUCAGUGUAAAUCAUCAUCAUGGUAUAGGACAAAAGAUAAGCUUAUUUUGAAUGGCGAUUCACGAGGUGUUCAAAUAUCGGAUAUCAAUGGACAAGUAUAUAGUUCACAGUUUGAUUACAGUAAACCUGGAAUGGUAACAUAUAGUGAACCAUCCUAUCAAACACUGUAUUGGAAGUUACCAACACGUUUUCUUGGAAAUAAGCUAACAGCUUAUGGUGGUGAGCUUGCAUUUGAUUUACAGUAUUCAUGUACUGGAUCAGUGAAUAAUGAACCGUUGAUUGUCCUGAAAGGUAACGGUAUAACAUUGGCGCAUCGUCCAAUCGACACGCAUAUUUUUGGUUCCGAUAAAACAAUCCGAUAUGCUGUCAGUACAUAUGAAGCAAAUUUUGAAGAAUUAAAUGGAAGGCCGGUAACACGAGAAAAUCUGAUGAUGGUACUGGCCAAUGUGGAUAUGAUGUUAAUCCGUGCUACACAUUGUUAUGGACAACAAUACACAAGGCUUGGAGAUAUUACUUGGGAAAUAGCAGUUAAUCGUGAUACCCAAGAGAGAUUUGCUUUGGAAGUAGAACAUUGUUCUUGUCCACCAGGAUAUACUGGAUUAUCCUGCGAAGACUGUGCACCAGGAUAUGAACGUUCACCGCAAGGUCCAUACCUUGGUACUUGUGUACCUGUUGAACAUCGUGCCCAAUGCUCACCAGCUGGUGCACGUAGUACACAUCCUGGUUAUGAUGGUAAAUGUCAAUGUAAGAUGUAUGCUGUAGGUGCCUUGUGUGACCGUUGUCCACCCAAUACUUUCCACUUAGCAUCACGAAAUCCACAAGGUUGUAUUCCAUGCUUCUGCUCAGGAGUAACCCAACAAUGCACAUCUGCUAAUAACUACUACAGAACUCGGGUAGUUAUCGAUUACAGAAAAGGUGUUACCGAUCAACUGGGAAUUACUACCAGCGAUGCACAUAGUCCAUUUACACCUCAAUCACAAGCGCAAUUAACAGGACGUGAUAUAACAUUUGCAUCAUUUUAUGAAAUACCCGGACAAACACUCUAUUGGAAAAUGCCAGAGCAGUUCCUCGGUAAUAAAAUUACCAGCUAUGGUGGUACAUUAAAAUAUGUCUUUCGUUAUUCUGGUACUGGACCAGUAAAUACUGAUGUAGAUGUGAUCUUACGAGGCAAUGAUAUUGCGUUACAAUACACUAAUCACCAACCAAUUUAUGCGGAUCGUGAAAAUACCGUUGAAGUAAGUCUUUUCGAAGAUCACUGGCAACGAGUGGAUGGUCAAUUAGCCACACGUGAACAUCUAUUAAUGGCAUUAGCUGAUCUUGAUAGUUUGUUGAUCAAAAUGAGUUAUGUGGAUGAAUGCUCAUCCUCAUCAUUAAUUAGUGUCUCAUUAGACUAUGCUGAACCGCAUGCUACAGGUGGUCAAAUUGCUUAUGAAGUUGAACAAUGUCAGUGUCCACCUGGUUACAUUGGUACGUCCUGCGAAGAUUGUGCACCCGGAUAUUCUCGUACAGGUGGUGGAUUAUACUUGGGUCUCUGUGAACGCUGUGAAUGUCAUGGACAUGCUUCACAAUGUGACAAAGAGCAUGGAUUCUGCAUGGAUUGCCAACAUAACACGGAAGGUGAUCAAUGUGAACGUUGUAAACCCGGAUUUACCGGGGAUGCUCGUCGAGGUACCCCCCAUGAUUGUCAACCGGCAGCAACGAGACCUGCGUGUAUGUGUAAUAAUCACUCACCCAGGGGGUGUGAUUCAUUUGGUCGAUGUUUGCUAUGUGAGCAUAAUACGGAAGGAUAUCACUGCGAACAAUGCAAACGUGGAUUUUUUGGUGAUGCUGCACGUGGUACUCCGUUCGACUGCACACCUUGCCCGUGCCCAGGUACAUCGGAUUGCUUCUUAGAUACCGAUGGACAAGUACGGUGCCGUAAUUGUCCAGCUGGUUUAACCGGACGCUUGUGUGAGGAAUGCGCACCAGGCUAUACGCGUUCACGUUCACGAGCACGUGUUGAUGAGGGACGUAUCUGUGAACCAAUUGGACAUGUGGAAGAAACCAAUAUCGUAUUCGUACCAACCCCUGAAGGUGAUCGUAUACGUGAUCGACUUCGCUGGCAGCGUAGUCGCUUGCAGCGAAAUCCAUAUGGUCCACCAUUGCGCGUACAGAUCGAUCCCCCGAAAAAUUUGAAUAUCCCGGUUGGCAGUAGAGCUCGUUGGUACUGUCGAGUUAUUGGGCAACGUCCUGCUGGAAUUCGGUUACAAUGGUCAAAAGUUGGUACUGCUGGAUUGCCAAGUAAUGCAGCUCAAUACGAUGGUGAAUUAGUUAUUGACGGUGUACAAGAAUCUGACGUAGGUCAAUAUCGAUGCACCGGAUCCGGUGAUCAUCAGUUUGCUACCGAUGAUGCCAUGCUAAAUGUCGAACCAAAGCCACGAAUGCCAGUUACUGGAAGACCACCACCAGUGAUGGUUGACCCAUUGGAGCAAACAGUAAAUGUUAAUGAUAUGGUUAGUUACCGUUGUUGGGUGCCUGGAUUACUGUCUUGCGAACUCAAAUGGUACAAGGAAGAUAUCGGCGGACAGUUACCACAUGGUGUAUACCAAAUAGGGGGUACAUUAAAAAUUCCUCACGCGCAGUUGGAACAUGCCGGCAAUUAUAUUUGUACCGCUUCCAAUGAAUAUGGUGUAGGGAAAUCGCCACCCGCUCGUCUAAUUGUUAAGCAACCACCGCAGCGACCUCGAAUUGAUCCGCAAGAGAAUAUAGUUGCGGAAGGGGAACCGGCUCGUUUCCGUUGUUGGGUACCUGGUGAUCCAACUGCAAUUUUAACAUGGAAAAUGAAAGGUAACGGUCCAUUACCGCACGGUACACAGCAACAUGAAGGUAUCUUGAAUAUCCCAAGUGCGCAACGUCAGCAUGCCGGAAGUUACAUCUGUACCGCAAGUGAUCCAGCAGGCUACAAACCACCAACGGAUAGUCCUGUAGCUAGGCUGGUCGUUAGACCAGUUUACGGACCUUCAACUCAUCAUCUGUCGGUGCAACCGUCGGAAGUUUUGCAAAAACCGCAGGUUGAUCCUAAACAUCAAAUAGUAUACGAAGGUGAUCCGGCAAUGUUCCGAUGCCGGAUACCAUCUAAUCCAAAUGCACGCUUGAAGUGGUCUAGAGCAGAUGGUACAUCGUUACCAAGGAGUGCAUUCGAUGAUGGUACUGGUACAUUGUACUAUCUGAGGGCUCACAUAUCAGAUGCUGAUUUCUACGUUUGCUUAGCUAUCAGUCCUAUUCAUGGUCCAUCACUGGAAUCAGAUCCGGUUGAAUUAAAAGUAAAACCACACGAACGAAGAAAGAAAAUUAUGAAAUCUGAAUUACCGCGGGGAGCACCAACAGUGGAUCCGAUGGAACAAACUGUGGAAGAAGGUGAUCCCUCACAGAUUCAUUGUUUUGUGCAUGGUGAACCGAAUGUUGCGCUAAAAUGGAGGAAAGAAAGUGGUGAACUACCGAUUGAAGCAACUCAAAAUAACGGAAUUUUAUAUAUUCCGCAAACGGAAAGUGAAGAUGCCGGAAAUUAUAUUUGUACCAUGGAUGAUUUUCGUGGCUCACCGAUCGAUUCCGUCCCAGCACGUAUUAACGUGAGACAGCAAGGGAAAAUACCAUUGGUCCUUCCGACAUCCUUAACUGUCAACAAAGAUGAUUUGGUGCGUUUUCUAUGCUAUGUACCGGAUAAACAUGCGCAAUCGCUUCGUUGGGGAUUCAACGAUCGAGAUGGACCAUUACCGGAGGGAGCAUAUGUGUAUUACGGGGUUCUAACAAUUGAUAAAGCCCGUGUAACUGAUACCGGAGAGUAUAUAUGUACGGAUGAUGAAACAUCACAAAGUGCUGCACCUGCAAGCUUAACAGUGGAAAACGGUGAAGUACAAGAAGUAGAAAAUGCACAUGAUAGUGAUGAAUAUAAUAAUCAUACGGAACAACAGCGAUAUGGAAAUCAUGAUACUGAACACGGGAUAAUGGAUGAGAAUGCAACUAAUGAAUAUGAUGAACAUGAACAUAGCAGUAAUCACGAUAAUAGUAAUCAUGAACAUUAUACUAACCAUCAUAUUAUUGAACACGGUGGUAAGCCACCAAAGCCGGUCGCAACACCAAGCGAUCAGGUUGUCAAAGUUGGUGAAACAGCACGAUUCCAUUGCGAUCCAAAUAGCGAAGCGCCAGCAAAUAUUCGGUGGGGAUAUGAAACUCCCGAUGGUCCAUUACGAGGUGAUGUGGUACCAGAAGGCAACGAUUUGAUUAUCCGUUCGGCAGACAAUUCAGAUGCUGGUGAAUACAUCUGUAUUGCAACCAACCAAUAUGGUUCCGGUGAAGCUGAACCCGUUCGACUUCAUAUUACUGAAAAAGAAGAACCACCAACAGCACGUGUGGUACCGCGUGUUUGGAACGGACAACCCGGUGAUAAGCAUCAGUUGCAGUGCAUUACUACUGGUUCUCCAAAACCAACUAUAAUUUGGACCGGACCAAAUGGUGAAGCAUUACCUGAAGAUGUUACUGAUGUUGGCAAUGGUUUCUUGGAUUUCCAAAAUGCUCGAACUGAUAUGAAUGGUGAUUAUACAUGUACGGCAACUAAUAUUGUUGGUGAGGCUAGUGAUCAUGGAUCCGUGAAUAUUGGACCUUCGCUUACCGUACGUACUAGUCCACCUGGGCCACGAAUAGUUCUAACUGCUGGUGAACCACUGGAGGUUAAAUGUGAAGCGUUCGGUGAACCGGAACCGGAAGUUGAAUGGCUACAUGACCCAGGACCAGAGCGAGGAGAUCUACCAGAUGAUUUCAAACCGGUCACAAUUUCGGAGCAAUUCAUUCGGCAUCCAAAUAUUGGACUUGGUAAUGCCGGUGUAUAUACAUGCAGAGGUAGCAACACUCAAGCUUCAGCUAAGAAGGACAUUUAUAUCGAAGUUGUGGAACCAUCGAAGAUAGCAACAGUUUCGAUUCUUGGUGGUUCAACGCAAUGGUUCGAGCCUGGGAGGUCAGCUGACUUGAUAUGUGCUGCAACGGGUAGCGAGAUUGUUGAUCGUAUCCAGUGGGUCAAAGUUGACGGUGCAUUGCCGGAUAAUAUAAAAGAGACGGAACUUGGAAUUUUGCACAUCUCUAAGUUUAGGCAAUCAGAUAGUGGUGAAUAUGAAUGUCGCGGAUAUCGUCACAAUGAAUUAGUGGGAAGUAAUCGUGUUACAAUACAUGCUACCAAUUUAGCUCCAUUAGAUAUAGCACGAGUAGAAAUUGAUUCUCCAGUUGUUCGUGUUAUUGAUCAGGGUGAAUCUAUUAAGCUUACAUGUACCGUUGAAG